AUGGACUUCCUCACUAAAUUUGACAUCCUGUUCAUCCAGGAAACCCGGUCGACAGACGAGCUCUACUUGGAUAAUUACCACUCGUGUACAAAAAGAGCUACACCUAGCCAAAGAGGGGGCAGACCCAAAGGAGGCUUAGCCUUACUGUUUUCAAUGCAGAUACAAGCUAAUAUUACCCAAUUACCCUCCAAUGAUGAAUGGUCUGUAGCAGCAGUAUUAGAUUUUGGACAAGUCAAACUGCUAUGCAUAAACUUAUACUUACCCACAUGCCGACGGCAGACACAAGUAGAACAACUAUGGAAAGAAGUGGAAGCCUACGUGGUGCAAUGGAGGAGACAACAUCCGUCAGCCAUGAUAUUACUAGCCGGUGACUUAAACGCAAGAGUGGGCCCCAACAACAACGCCCUAUACACACAUUUUCACCACUGGCCUCCAGAAACGGAAAUUAUCCCUCCCCUAAUGACAAGAUCAUCCUACGAUAAGACAUGCAACAUGGGAGGACUACAUCUAGCACAGAUGGCCUACAGACAGAACCUACACCUAUUGAAUGGGGCUAUACAAGGAGAUUAUCCCGGUCAAUAUACAUAUUGGUCAGGACAUAAAUUGUCAGUGAUAGACUAUUGCAUUGUUUCCCAGGAUCUGAUCCCUAGGAUAUCAAAAUUCACCAUUACAGCAAGAGCUGAAAGUGACCACCUAUCUUUAUCCCUCGUGUGUGAUCUACCCUUUGAUCUGCCCAAACCACAACACAGAUAUCAACCAGAGUUAACACCCGGAACAGGUUUCAAGAAAAUCAGAUGGAAUGGACAAGUGAGCGAGCGGAUAUCUAACUGGUACAAAUCUGAGGAGAGCUACCGUCUCUCAAAAGCAAUCAUGGAAGGGUGCCUAGAAACAGAGGAGAGCGCCCCGAACAUGAUGACAACAUAUAAGAUGCUUACACAAAAAAUUCAAGAGUUUGUUGUAAAACCGAAUUCCAAGUCUCCCUACCAUAGGAAAACUUCCAGGGAGUGGUUCGAUCAUGAGUGCAUAGCCUCCAGGAAAUCAUUGAUCCACUCCUUCAUCUGUCAUAAGGAUAACCCAACAGAGGAUAACAGACAAAAGAUGCUUGAAGUCAAAAGAAGUUACAAAAAACUCCUGACACAAAAGAAAAGGUACGCAAUGAAGUUAUUAUGGCAGCAACUGAUAGAGGCCUCUAAUUCCAGUAACCCAUCAUUAUUCUGGAGAAUCGUUGCUGUACAACCGGACAGGGGUCUAUCACAACUAUCCUGCUGCAUAUCAAUGAAAGCCUGGGAAACACACUUCCAUAAUCUUUACGAGGAAUCUAGCGAUGAGUCCUAUGCAUUAGACAUACCGGAAGACCAGAUACAGCCAUGGCCAGCAGUUUCAAUAACAGAGACUCAUCUGCUGAUUGACCAACUAAAGAACGGGAAUUGA